GUCUCUGGUGCCCCAAGCGCGAUAACCUCAAAAUUCAACGUCCGGGUAAAACAUAUUUGUUGCCUCAUCGCCAAAACGAACAACGAUGCCGUCACUUUCGACAGGCAACCGUCGCCGGCGGGUGCCUGAUCCCGAAAGUAGCGAUGAAGGGGACGACUCUCCCGCGCCGACGAACUCCAGAGUGUCCGGCGCAUCGAAACGCGCGAGAACAGGACUAGAUUCUUCACAACUCUCUGACGACGGCCUAGAUCAAAGCGCAAUGAAUGGCAUAGCUCUCCGUCAGAACGGAAAUGGCCACAGCCAGGACGGAUUCCAGCCUGGCGCAAUCACGAGAGUCAAGGUCAACAACUUCGUUACCUACGAAGACGCCGUUUUCAACCCAGGGCCCAACCUCAAUAUGGUUAUUGGACCGAACGGCACAGGCAAGAGCUCGCUGGUCUGUGCGAUCUGUAUCGGCCUUGGGUACGGUGCGGCCAACCUCGGACGAGCGGCGAAGUUCAGCGAAUUUGUGAAGCACGGCAAGGACCAGGCUACGAUCGAAAUCGAACUACAAAGAAAACCCGAAGAUCGCUCGAACUAUAUAAUCAAAGUCCGCAUUACAAGAGAAGGCGAUAAACGGAAGUGGUGGAUCAACGGUUCCGAAGCACCUUUGAAGAAUGUACAACAGUUGGUCAGAGGGCUUGGGAUCCAGGUCGACAAUCUGUGCCAGUUCUUGCCUCAAGACAGGGUCUCUGAGUUUUCUGGGCUUAGCCCAGUAGCGCUUUUGCAUGAAACCCAAAGAGCUGCGGCGCCGCCCGAGAUGCUUACAUGGCAUGACGAGCUCAAGAACUUACGAAAGAACCAGAAGGGAAUCCAACUCAACCUCGAAACCGACGAAGAGACGUUGCGUACACAAGAGGAGCGCCAGGAAGGUCUUCGCGGCGAUGUUGAAAGGUUGCAGGAGAGGGCUCAAAUACAAGAGAAAAUCGCAUUACUUGAAUCGAGCGUCCCUUUCGUCGACUACAACGUUAAGAGACGUCAUUAUAUUGAGUGCAGGGAAAGAGCAAGAGAAGCAAAGAAUCAACUCGUAGCUCUAGAGGCAGAAUUUGCCCCAACGGUGCAAGCAGUUAAUAAUAAGGAAGAGUACCAUCGCCGAAUCGACGUGGCUGUAAAGGAGCGGAAGAAGGAUCUCCAAAAUUCAGAGCGUGCGGCAGACAAUUUCUUUGCGCAGGUCGAAGAAGCGAAUGAGAGCAUCAAGGAGCUGGAGCAGAAGGCCAAAUCAGAACGGGAUGGAGAGCAGAAACGCAAACAGCAAUAUGCCGCCAUAAAAGAAAAGAUUGCCGCUUUGGAAGCCCAGUUGAAGAAUGAGCCGCCAGCGUUUGAUGGGCCGGAAUGGAAUGCCAAAAUUAGAGCUGAGGAGCAUAAAUGUCGCGAAAUCGAAGCCGAGCAACGCCAGGUGACCGAGAAACGCGAGGAUCUCGACAGACAAGGGCUUGAUGUUAGAGCUCGUGUUGCUGAGAAGGAGCGGGAGCUCGCCACUCUCAACUCUCAGCAAGGUAAAAAUAUCAGCUUGCUCAGAAGUAUUUCCAGAGAUGCGGCAACGGCAUGGGAAUGGAUUCAGGCAAAUCGCAGCAAGUUCGAGAAGGAUGUUUUUGGCCCACCACUCAUUGAAUGCAGGGUCAAGGACCCCCGAUAUGCCAAUGCCAUUGAAUCUCUUUUCCAAAAGAACGAUUUCAUGGUCAUCACAGCACAGACAAGCGCAGAUUUCAAGAUAUUAGACGAACAGCUGCUGGGAGCCUCUAACCUCAGGCUUGCUGAUAUCAACUUGAGGACUGUAUCUAGGAGCCUUGGCCAAGUCCGAAAUUCACCUAUGCCGACCCAUGAGUUGGAGAAACUUGGCUUGGAUGGAUGGGCCUUGGAUUACGUCGAUGGCCCUGAGCCAGUCCUUUCAAUGUUGUGUGGCGCCGUGAGGCUAGACAGAAUUGCAGUGGGACUGAAAGAUCUGAACGAGAGCCAGUAUAAUGCUCUCACAUCGAGUGCCGUAUCAACUUUUGUUACAGGACGUUCUCAUUACAGUGUCCAGCGUCGCCGAGAAUACGGCCCCGGAGCUACGUCAACGACCACAAAGUCUAUACAAAAUGCUCGUUACUGGACCGGCCAGCCUAUCGACACCAAUGAUAAGCAUGAACUUGAGGAAACACUCAAAGGUUUGCGGGAAAACUUUGACGUCAUGAAGGUUGAAUCUGGUGGGCUAAAGGAGAAACUACGCGUGUUGGGCGAGCAAAGAAGUACCAUCUUGGAAACAAUAAAAAUUCUCAAGGCCAAGAAGAAUGAAGCACAGUUAAUUGCCGGGCGGUUCCAAGCGCUACCAGGCAAAAUAGAGCGAGAGAAAGAGAACUUCCAAGCAGUGAAGCUAGUCAGUGACAACUACCGUGCGCGGAUGCGAGAGAUCGAGGCUCAAUCCGACGAGCUCGUCCUCAAGAAAAACGCCUUAUCCAUCGACUACAAAGCCCUCGUCCAAGGCAUCCGCACGGCGCAUCUCUCCCUCCAAGAAGCCAAAUUCCGCCUCAUCGAAGCCGCCUCCGACGUCGAAUCGCUCAAAGAGCACUCCUCCAACAUCACGCGCCGCGUCCAGGAAGAGCGUCAAAACUACGAGCGCGCAAACGAAGAAUACAAGAACGUCAAGGCGCAAGCCAUCGCCGUCCACAACCAGUGCAUAUCCAUCCUCGCCGAGGGGAACAACAAGGAGUACUUCGAGACCAUCGAUAAGGACCUCACCAUCGAGCAACUAGAGCAGGAUAUCGACGCCGAGAAGUCAAAACUCGAUUACAUCCAUGACGGCAACCCGGGCGCCCUCCGCGAAUUCGAGACCAGACAAGCAACCAUCGACCGCCUCACCGCGACUAUCACCUCCGCGCGCGCCGAGCUCACCUCAGUCGACGCCUCGAUCGCAUCUCUCCGCUCGCGAUGGGAGCCCGAGCUAGACAAACUCAUCGCCUCCAUCAGCGCCGCCUUCGCGCACAAUUUCGAGCAGAUCGGCUGUGCCGGCGAAGUCGGCGUUCACAAGGACGAGGACUUCGACCUCUGGGCUAUCGAGAUCCGCGUCAAGUUCCGCGAGAACGAGACACUGCAGCAGCUGGACCAGCACCGUCAGAGCGGCGGGGAGCGCAGCGUCAGCACGAUUUUCUACCUGAUGGCGCUGCAGAGUCUGGCGAGGAGUCCGUUUAGGGUUGUGGAUGAGAUUAAUCAGGGGAUGGAUCCGAGGAAUGAGAGGAUGGUGCAUGAGCGGAUGGUGGAUAUUGCGUGUAGGGAGCAUACGAGCCAGUACUUCUUGAUCACGCCGAAGCUGUUGACGGGGCUGAGGUAUGAUAGGAGGAUGAAGGUGUUGUGUAUUGCGAGUGGGGAGCAUAUGCCGAGGGAUCACAGGACGCUGGAUAUUAGGUCGGUGAUUGCGAGUCGGAGGGCGAUUAUGAUGCCGGUGAGGUGAGGGGUAGGGUAUGAUGGGGACGAACGGACUGUGGUUGGGGUUGAGAUGGUGGGCAUGAGUUUGGCGCUUGGAGUUUGAUGUAUAGCGAUAUGAUAGAUACCAGGGUGGUCUGUUUUGCAGCGAGCGUCCGGGACAUGGAAUGUUUUGCUUGCUGGGUCGUCGAUUUCAGGGGUUUUUAUCACGAGGCUCUAAGAUAAUAUAACGAGAAUACGGUUUGUAAACAUAGAAGAACAGCUCUGAAGGAUCAAAUGAUUUCAAUCCCUCCC